AUGGACUCUGCUACUAUUGUCAAUAGUGGUUUGCAAUCACAUAUCGACAAUGCCACACUCAGGGUCGUGUUGCAGUACAUGCAAACAGUCUCCCCGAUUAUCAUCGUUUUAGUCUUCAGUAUUGCCUUUGUGGCCAACUCAAUCAUCUCUGCUAGGAAAGUGAAAUGCAAUGCAGCUGUGACCACAGGACCGGGCGGCAGGCCUCUCCCUACACGGAUGCGGAGUACAGCUGUCAUCGUGACCGAUAAUGUUGAGGAUUUUUCACCAAACGUAAAACUGGUUUUCAAAUGGCUAUCCGUCAGUAUCUUAUUGACAUUUGUCGCUGAUGCAGCCUUAAAUAUGUCUCAUGUGAUGUUACAUCGCCUCGAGCAUUGGUGGGCCGGGCAAUCUGUCGUGAUUUAUAUAGUCGGCUCGUUCUUUGCGUGGACAGUUGUACUGAUAUCUCUAGUUGACACCACACCCUCCCCAACCUUUGCGCAGUUAUAUCCAUGGGUUUUGGCAGUGCCCCUGGAGCUGACCAUGCUUGCUGCACAUUUUGCGCUUUAUACUAGCCCGCAUCAUGAGCCGGUUGUUGGUGACCCGCGUGGAGGUCCCUUGAAGAAAAAAAUCACAGCAUGGGAAUCAAUUGAAGUUGUUAUAGCCCUUGUACGCCUGCUAACUUUGGUGGGUAUCGUCUUGCUGUAUACAUUCAAUUCCACAAGCUGGACGCCAAACGAAGGCGGGCGAGUUGGGGGCGCCAAUGAAACGACAGGAUUGUUGAGGCCAGACUCCAGUGCUAAUAACGGCAUGAAUGGCAAUGGUUAUGGUUCCGCGGAAACAACUCCCAAAGCCCAGACAUCUAAACCCGCCGAAGUUGAGGCAGCUUGGGCCCGCCCUUCCUCUGCUCCUGCAACUACCUGGUGGGAAUAUCUUAGUGGAUAUUCUGUCUUCUUCCCUUAUCUUUGGCCGUCGAAAUCACACCGCUUGCAAUUGGUGGUUAUGUUUUGUUUCAGCCUGGUGUUGCUGCAGCGGGUAGUAAAUGUUCUCGUGCCGUACCAAGUUGGUAUCAUCAUAGACGACCUAUCAAGUGACGAAAUUGGGUUCCAGCAGGUCCCAUGGGUGGGCAUCUGUCUUUAUGUCUUUUAUCGGUUUCUGCAGGGCAGCCAAGGCUUGAUAGGGUCGUUGCGGUCUUUCCUCUGGAUCCCCGUCAGUCAAUAUUCGUAUAUGGAGCUCUCGACGGCUGCAUUCGAACAUGUACAUGGACUUAGCCUGGACUUCCAUCUGGGCAAGAAAACUGGUGAGGUGAUUUCAGCUUUAAACAAAGGCAACUCAAUCAACAAUUUCUUGGAACAAGUUACCUUUCAAGUGCUACCCAUGCUCAUUGAUUUGUGCGUGGCCAUUGGGUACUUUAUGAUUGCAUUUGACGUGUAUUAUGCCCUGGUAGUGACCAUUGUCACAUUUGCCUAUCUGUACGUUACUAUUCGCCUAGCACAGUGGAGAGCAGAGAUCCGCCGCACAAUGACGAACAUGAGCAGACAGGAGGAUGCGGUUAAGAAUGACUCCAUUAUUUCUUACGAAACAGUGAAAUAUUUCAACGCCGAGCAGUAUGAAUUUGGUCGUUACCGGAGUGCUGUAACAGAUUUCCAGAAAGCAGAGUACCAGGUUUUAUUUUCCCUCUCACUGCUAAACACCAGCCAGAACACUGUUUUUAUGCUUGGCCUGAUGGUCACUUGUUUCAUUGCUGCAUUUCAAGUUGCCACAGGUGAAAGGAAGGUUGGUCAAUUUGUGACCUUGUUAACAUAUAUGGCCCAGCUUCAAGGGCCCCUCAAUUUUUUCGGCACAUUUUAUCGGACCAUACAAAAUUCGCUGAUCAACUCAGAGCGGCUGCUAGAGCUCUUCAGAGAGCAGCCCACUGUUGUUGAUGGCCCUCUGGCAUCAAAGCUUCCGGGUUGUAUGGGAGAUAUCAAGUUUGAUAAAGUUGAGUUUGCAUAUGAUUGCCGCAAACCAGCACUCAAUGGCCUGAGUUUUCACUGUAAACCAGGAACCACUACUGCUCUCGUCGGUGAAUCCGGAGGUGGGAAGUCGACUGUGUUUCGCCUUUUGUUCCGGUUUUACAAUGCUGCUUCGGGCGGUAUACUUGUUGAUGAUCGCAAGGUCGAGACCAUCACCAUCGACUCACUUCGUAGCCACAUUGGCGUUGUGCCCCAGGAUACCAUUCUCUUUAACGAAACCAUCAUGUAUAACUUGAGAUAUGCAAACCCGGCGGCAACUGAUGAGGAGGUAUACGACGCAUGCCGUGCUGCCAGCAUCCAUCAUAGGAUUCUCACAUUUCCAGAUGGGUAUGAAACCAAGGUUGGUGAACGUGGGCUUCGUCUAAGCGGUGGUGAAAAACAGCGAGUUGCUAUCGCACGGACCAUUUUGAAAAACCCACGGAUUAUUUUGCUUGAUGAGGCUACUGCGGCACUUGAUACCGAAACAGAGGAGCAUAUCCAAGGAGCGCUAUCUACGCUAUCUAAAGGUCGCACAAUGCUGGUUAUUGCCCACCGUCUAAGUACAAUAACUACUGCGGACCAAAUUCUUGUGCUCCAAAAUGGGCAAGUCAUUGAGCGUGGCACCCAUGAACAGCUGCUUUCGUUAAAAGGCCGAUACUCCAGUAUGUGGAGAAAACAGAUUCGUGCGCAACGAGCAGCUGCAGAAGCACAGGUACUGCAGGUUCGGGCAGAGCGGCUGAGAAGUGCGUCUACAACCGCUGGAGGUGAGGAUAGCUCAAGCCAGUCAGACGAGGAGCACUCCAAAGGAAAUGAAACUCCAGAGGAGAAGCCUACACGCCCCCCUCUCGGGCAGCGUUGGUCCAAGAUUUCGGAUGCCAAGGGCACAACCCAAUAA